AUGGAACAGCACGAUCACUUCAAAGCGCUGCAGAGAGUCUCAACGCUUUCUCUGCAGCGCAUCUCUGCAUUGGACGUCCGCGACUCGAAAGAUCGGGUGAACAGAUCGGUGCACGUUGAAGCCGAGCCCGGAUCGGGAUUCGAUGGGAUAGAAAAGACUAUCCCGCGCUACAGGAAAUUUCCAGUUCUACUAUACUUCGACUGGAUCUUACGAUUCUGGAUCUACUUCGACACCCCUGCCCACAGCGUGUCAUGGAUGGCCAGCGCUGGAGUGUUCUUUGGAGCAAUCUUCUUCAUUGUGGGCACAUUCACUUCUGUUGACAUGGGGAUAGUGGUGAGCCAGGUGGUGGGGAACUGCAUGGGCGACUCCUAUGAUUGGGCAGUGUAUUUCUGCUACCUGUGCGGGAACGCCCUCUGGUUCACGGCCACCUCGCUGCAGAUUGUUGAGGCCCUGAACCUCGACCACGACCUCCAGAUGCUGCAGUUUGAGUUCAACGGCAUGCGAGGCCCCAUGCCUAAGUACAAGUGGUUUGGGCUGCAGCCACGGAACCUGGAUUGGUGGGGGGCGAUAAGCUACACGCUGGGGGUCGGAAUGUAUCAGAUUGCCGCCAUCGCCUCGAUUAUCAACGACUGCCCCAAUGGACUCCUGAGCGUCGACGCAUAUCUGGGCUUAGUCACGUACAUGUACCUGGUGGCCGGCCUCUUCUUCACCAUUUCUGGGACCCUGUACGAGAUGCAGGAGAUCUCACCCUGGCUCAUACCCGGGAUCUUGGUGCCGUCUUCAAGGAGUUAUUUGUCCUCCCUCAAGUGGUGGGGCCUGUGGUCGUACUUCUGGGGAGGGGUGCUAUUUGCCCUGGGAGGGAUCGUCCUGUACUGGUUCUCUCCUGCCAACAUGACAAUUUCCCUGGACACGUACAAUGUCAUCAACGGUGUGGGCUUUGGCGGAGGAUCUAUUCUGUUCCUUCUGGGCGCUGCCCUCAUGCUGGCUCGCCAGUCGCGCGGGCGGUGCCGUCCAAAAUUUGGAGCAGUGGGACGCCUCGAUCCGACAGUGCAUGUGACUGUAGCUGGCCAGGGCGCUUACCACACAAUGCACAUUAUCAAAGAGAGGUCUCUGGACCAUGUAGCCUGA